AUGCCACAAAGCCCAAGCGAUUCCUUCUCCACCAUUGAGGACAACACUCUCUACGAGAGAGGACAUGCUAUUAAACCAGGAGUGCCCGAGGAGGGAGUGUCUAGGGAGGAACUGGCAGAUCCGCACGGCGGUAUACUGUCUCCGGCAGGCCCCGUAUACCGGGGCAGCAAACGCGUGGACCACUUUAAUAAGAAGCGGGUUCACUUCCAGGAUUCAGAUUCGGACGUGGACGAUUCGCCUCCCAGUGUUAAGAGAAAGGUUGCUGGAACAGGGGAAAGCUCGGCCUCACGAAUAGCUACGGAGAAGAUACAGGAUCUGGAAGUGAGGAUCGAAGCGCUAGAAGAAUGGAAGGUGAAAUGCGUAUAUGCCAUUCAAGAGUGGUCUAACAUGAACCAAAUAUUCACGCAACAUCUCACAACGCUCAUGGAAGCUCGUGAUACUGGUGAAUAGCGUAGGAAUAUGCUAUGCAUAGUGUACAG